AUGAUACCAAACACCACAUCCAAGAAACGCCGCCUCGAAUCUGUUCAUGAUGGAGCUGAUACUAAGCUUCUAGCCCAGGGGCCAUCGCAAAAGAAGCAGCGCGUCGAUUCACCUCGUGUCAGCAUAGUACUUCAAACACCCGACCUACCCGACUAUGUGUCACCGCAGGAGACAAACCCAAACCCGGCUUCUUCGUGGCGCCGUGAAGAGUCGCGCUCCUUGGCAGCUAACAUGGCCAGUAGCGCCGAGCAUGCUCUGCCACACAGCGAUGAUUACGACGCUGUUGUAUCAAAGUCGCCAAAUGUUGACAUUACCGAGCCGCCACUCGACCAUCACGCCAACAGCAACGUCGGUUCGGAUGACAAGCCCAAGUUCUCCGGCUGCCGAACAUGCGGCGCUCCUCUCUGGACGUGCGCUCACGGCUCCCUCAACAGACUCCAGUCAGCAGCUCCCCGAAGCCUGCCUGUACCACCCUUCGAUGAGCUUGCUUCAAGCUGUUCAAGCAGCCCACCGGUCAGCCCGAGGACGACAGGAGGCCCAGCAGCACGCUGUUCGUACUUCUGGCCCGAGAUCAUCAGGCACAGCAUCAAGCACCCCGACAACGCAGAGUCCCACGCCAGGCCAGGCCCCGCCUGCACCUUUUGCUCCGCAAAUCUCGACAUCUUCGCCGUCCCGCCCGCAAGCUCCUUGCCCGAAACAGAGCCCGCCAUCCUCCUCCACUGCGGCCACGUCCUGGGUGCAAACUGCAUGACCGCCAGCACCGCCCUCGGCAGCCCCCAGUGCCCCCUCUGCCUCUUCGACACGACCUGCCGCGGCUGCCGCGCGCCCGUGUCCAUCCCUCUGCCGACGGCCGCCGACGGCCCGCGCGCCCUGCCACUGACCCUCGCGCAGCGCGAGUUCCUCGGCGACGGCGCCCACCCGUCCGCCCCGGCCCUCUGCCCCCGCUGCGACGAGGAGGCGCAGUACGCAGCGGCCCUGCGCGGGGGCCGCUUCCCGUCCCUGUUCGCACACGGCCUGCUCGCGGCGCCGCUGUUCCGCCUCGUCAACCGCGCCGUCCGCGCCCAUGGCGUCGUGUCGGGCAGCGACGCCACCGGCGCCCGCGCCGUGGCCUGCGACGUGGCCGAGGUCGUCGAAGACAACUUUCGCGUCCUGCUGCAGGCGAGUCGGGCGUGGGACGUCAUGUGUCGCGCCGAGCACGACCCGUGGGCCGCCGUGCUGCUGACGCGGGACGCGGGACGCGGGUUCUAUGCCGGGCUGCAGAGCAAGGACGCAUCCAGCGCCUUCUUGGACCCGCAAUGCGAGGCGCGUCGUGCGGAGCAGAGGGUCAAGAUGGCCGCGGCGGACGCUGAAGCUGCGGGACGGUUUCGGGCGGCGUUCGAGAAAGAUUUGCGAGCACGCAGGGCUGCGUGCCGGGAGGCGCAGCAGCGGGGGAUCACGAUAGCGUCAGGUUGA